UAUGAAGCCAAAUAUGGUAACUCAAGCGAUGGAUAUUGUAAGGGAUGGAAUACAAAAACACAGUAAAGAUAAAGAUAUUGCAAGUUUUGUUAAAGAUACUUUUGAACAACGUUUUGGCCCUACUUGGCAUUGUGUAGUGGGAAGGAGCUUUGGUUCUCGAGUCUCUUAUGAAUUGGAGACUUUUGUAUUACUUAAGGCUAAUCAACAUACUGUACUGGUUUUUAAAUGUGGAUGA